AUGCAUCAACAUCCACGGCCUCCACCUGUAACAGCCUCUCCCGCCAACUCCGAACAAACAAAUCCCACCCGUACCAACAAUCCCAGAGAUCGAGACCUCCAGGCAUUAAGAGCCACUUCCCCAACCACCCAAGGCUCCGGCUCUUCUGAAGACUUUGCUGCUACCAGACAAGACCAACCAAAUGAUAACCCCUUGGCUCAGAUGCAGAGACUGAAUCAAGUCAUACAGAAUUUCCACACAAAGGCGGCCCUCAUCAUCCUUCACUCGCGUGCCGAGCUUUCUCCCGCCUAUUCCAAGAACACGGACACAAAGCGGGUCAAUCGGUGGUUCAAUCUCGACGUAGAUGAGACGGAUGACUACAAGGACGAGAUCCGGCGGUGGAAGAUCUGUGACGUGAAAGAUGACCGACCUCCCCCUCUUAUCGUCGAAGUGUUCCUUACCACAGAGUCCUUGCAACAAGGCCAACGCCUGGUGAUCCUAGACGAGGAAGGCAAGAGAUGGGACGUGGCCAGUAUACUGUCGUCCACCCAGAGCACCUCUCGUGGAAGUCAACGACGAUAUGCAGACGCGCCGGAGAUCCUCCUGGAACGUUGGACCAUCGAGCUGGGUCCGCAGACUACUCCUAUUCCUCCGGACUUGGCAACACUGCUGCCGUUGGUUUACAAGAAAAGCAUUGUUUUGUUUCGUUCGGUGUAUACAUAUUGCAACUUCCUCCCCGCGUACAAAUUGGCCCGAAAAAUCGGCAAGGGCCGCUCGACCAUGGCCCUGAAAUUGGGCUAUCGAUUAAUUGAUGGAUCUCAAAUGAACAGCCUCAAUCGGUCGGAUAACCUGAGUCUCCGAUUGUUUGAUUCUACGUCCGAGGUGCUCUCCACAUAUAAAUUUGGAGAGACUGAUUCGCCCGCCGGCCCCUUCUCAGUCAAGGUCCAGUACCGCUCAAACUGUGACUUCCGGAUAGACGAUUCUGAAGAGUUGUUGAGUUCACGAUUUCUGGGAACGGAUGACGAGCUGUUUCGGCCGUCUUUACCUAGCGAUCAGGCUGGCCGGACGGAAGUUGGCUCAUUGCCGGUGGAUCGACGACAGAAUCUCCUGGAACGGCCGGAGUUGGGUCAUGCCUAUGGAAGUUUGUCAACAUUUCAUCAAGCAGGGAUUGCCACGGGUACGAGCCCUAUCUCAGCUCUGCGAAAUGCUCAAGACUUUACCGCCAACUCUCCUCCUACACCGGAACCAGCACGACCAACAAUGCACGCUCACACCGCAUCUCAAACCUCACGCAACACACUCAGAGCCGCGGCGGCCAAUCGGCGGAGUUCUUUCUCGGUCCAACCAUUCAAAGCACCGCCACUAUCUGCAUCGCCACUUGGUGCAUCUCCACUCGCCAGUUCACCCAGGACGCAUGCACGCGUUCCUACCCUGGGCUCCUUGACCGAGGAAGGAGGGUUACCCUCUAGAGAAUCUACCUUGGCCGGAAGACGGCACAGUUCUCUGGUUUCCGAGCAGGCCGUCGCAUCCUCCGCUUCUGCGUCUCCCAAGCCUGCUUCCGUCACCAGAUACAGUAGUAGCUUCAGCCACAGAAGAGCUCGCCUGUCUUCUGGGGGCACUACCACACGUACAGAUGAAGAUCAAAACAGUAGUGGUAGAGGGAGUGCAGCCUCUUCUGCUCAACCAGGUUCCGGUCUGAUGACGGAAGCAGCAGGCGGUGGUGCAAGUUCAGGCUCUGCGGCAGAGGAUGACGACGAGAACAUUCCUGGGUUCCUGAAGCUGCUGGAGUUACAAAAGGAUCUCUUGGCACCUAGAUCACGUUCUGCCGUAGAGGCCUCGACCAGAAGGACAACAGCGGCUCUUAAUCGGUUUCAUAAGAUGCGAGAUUCUAAUACCGCGCUGUCUGAUUCCAUGUCGUCCUCGUUGAUGAUGCAGAGAUCUUCCGCUUCAUCAAGUCGGCAAUUGUCUGGGGUUCCGCCCAUGGUCACCGGUACUUCAAUAUCGACCUCGUCGUCUCCGGGCAAGCCGAUCUCACCACACACACCACACACGCCAUUUGCUCCUUCACGCCUCAGCGCUGCUUACAGUCAUGAUGAUACGGAUACAUCUCACGGCCUGACAACGCAGCAACCGCCUUCACCAUCUGAAACCCCUACCGAUGAUACAGCUCAAGCACAUUCAAGCACUCACGUCCCCGCUAUCGACAUCCCCAACUCACCGAGGAUAUUCUUACCGGGUUAUCAACGCUCCAGUUCAGCUCAAAGACGACCCAUGAGCACAGAUGAGGAUAUAGCCGACUUGUACGGCAUGAGAAGUGCCAGUAUGGGAGCACAGGAACGACGUCGUCACCAACAAGAGUCUGACCAACAAAGCCCUGAUGCAGAUGACCAAGCUGGUAGUGGUAGAGAAACUGAGCAGUCAAGCACAGCUAGGACCACUGGCUCCUCACGGAGAACCACACACGCUCAUCAAUUGUCAGGACUACCUGCUCUCGCAACCGACGGCGGUGGGUCUGAAUCGAAUUCAGGGCGAUCUUCGGCCAACCCAUAUCGAUCUCGUUUGGCGAGGGGUGGUGCUGGCAGAACCGUGACGCCACCUCAAACGUCAACUUCAAGCUUUGGUGGAACUGGAGCUAGUAUGGACCGUGGCGAUAGUAGCGUGAGCGAAUCAUGGGGACGAGGUGGAAGGAGGAGCGGAAGUCGUCCCGAGAACCCACUUGACGAAGAUGAAUUCCCAUUUGCAAUGGAGAAGAGCGACUUCAAUACCGCUGGCCGGUCGGACGAUCCUGGCGUCAGUGAACGUUAA